AUGGCUGCCGCUGCUGUCAUGACUGAACCCACAAUUAAUUUACCUUCGCCAUAUCCAAUCGAAUUUCUCUUUGACCUCGAUACAGUUCUCUCCGGAGCCGACGACCUCGGUUGCUGCCAGAUCACCCCUUCCGAUUCUCCCGUGGCGGAUUUCCCGACGGUUGUGGCCGAUGUUUGUGCCGUUUGUUUAGACGAUUUCCACCCAGAUGAAGCCGGUAAACAAAUACCCUGCGGACACGUGUACCAUGAGUCUUGUAUUUCCUCCUGGCUUACCGUCGCCGACUGUUGCCCUCUCUGUCGAUGCCUUGUCGCUGGCCAACCGCCGGAUUCAACUUUGAUCCGACGGUAG